UGCUGCAAGAAUGCCACUUGGUAAAUUCAACCCAGACUACACGUUGCUUAAACAUUAGGUAGGAGGUAUUCGUAUAAUCAAAACAUGAUUUUUAAAGUUGUUGCUGUUCUUUUGGUUUGUACAGUCGUAAGUACCUCCGCAUCGGAUCAUUUAUUUAAAGUUCGACAGUGCGUGCGUCGUGGUAAGAACAAUCCUGCGUGUUUGAGUUUGUGCCCGGAAGAAUGCUCAGCUUUCCAACAAUUCAGUGAUUGUUUGGUCGAUUGCACUCGUAGUGGGCAACAACAUAAAACUUGUUUUCGAACGUGUUCUGCAGCGUCUUGUCCAGCGGGUUCGGGUCAGUUGAGUUGCGACCACGCGCGAGUUUGCCAUUGUGCCAAGUGCAUGAGAGCUCAAUGUGUGCCAGCUCAUUUCGGUGAUGGCUACCAAACCAAAUGCCCCAAAGCUUUCGAAAACCUUCAUUGUUAAUAAUAUGUGGUCCACAACACCGAUAACUUCUCAGACAAAACUACAACAUUAUUAGUAUUUGAUGGAAUGCAAUAUUCUUCAAUAAACCGAAAUUUUACGCGGCACGAAAAUAAAAUGAUUUUAUAAUGGAA